AUGCCCUCCUCCUCCAUCAUCCUCGACCUCAUGGCCCAGCACUUCCUCAGCGGCCAACAUGCGGCCAUUGGGCUGAGCCUGGUCCUCUUCAUCUUCAUGUUCCUACCGACUCUGCUCGUCCUCGUAGCGGUUAUUGUCUUCUUCGCGUUCUACUACCCGCAACUGCACUGGUCCUACGCCGUGGAUCGGGAGUACGGGGAGCACUCUAAGUCGAAGCAAGUCGAGAUGAGGAGUUGA